UUAUGAUGAGGGGGAGUUGGCAAAAGGCUCCACCCAAGCUAUCGCUUACAAGUACAACCCUUAAGUACUCAAAACAACAAAACGAAACUCGAUAAUAAGCUUUCCUUGCUUCUUCAUACCACUGUAAUAGCAUCAAGUCUUUGCCUGAAAUUCACACUAUCGAUCAAACCAUCAUGUCUUCAGCAAUCGUCCUCGGCGCGACCGGAAUCACCGGUCGCGAGAUGGUCAAAGAGCUGGCCGCCCACCCAUCCCAAUGGAAGACCAUCCACGCCCUCUCGCGCUCCAAAAAGGAGGACUUCGGAAGCCCCUCCGUCCAGCAGCACCACAUCGACCUGCUCAACUCCGCCCAAGACAUGGCCAAGGACCUUUCAUCCAUCCCCGACCUAAAGGCCGUCGAGCACGUCUUCUUCUGCGCCUGGCUGCAAAUGCCCACGGAGAAAGAAAACGCGGACGUCAACGGCGCCAUGCUCCAGAACUUCCUGGACGCCCUCGAAAUCACGGGCGCCACCUCCAAGCUCAAGCGCAUUGUUUUGGUUACCGGUUGCAAGCAAUACGGCGUGCACCUGGGCCAGGCCAAGAACCCGAUGCUCGAGUCCGACCCUUGGUUGCGCGACGAAAGCAGGUGGCCGCCCAACUUUUAUUAUCGCCAGCAGGACAUCCUCACGGCCUUUUGCGGUGAGGGAAGCAAGCACCCGGAGAUCAGCUGGACCGUGACCUACCCCAACGACGUCAUCGGGUAUGCUGCCGGUAACUUCAUGAACCUCUCUACGGAUGUGGGCAUUUACGCGGCUGUGAACAAGGAGCUUGGUCGGGAUCUGGAAUUCCCAGGUUCGGAGAUUUUCUAUACCAAGUUCGACUCUUUCACCAGCAGCAAGCUGCACGCGCAGUUCUGCGUGUGGGCGGUGCAGGAGCCCAAGACGGCGAAUCAGGCGUACAACGUGUCGAACGGCGACGUGCAGAGCUGGCAGGAUUUGUGGCCUAGAGUGGCCAAGCACUUUGGGAUGAAGGUUAAGGCGGACCAGUUCGCUUCUCCUGGUCCCAAAGAUCUGGCGAAUCUGGUCCAGCUCACCGAGAAAGCGCCGCAGCCGAUCACGAUGAUUGCGAAGGAGAUCGGGCUGGAGGGAGCGGUUCCGCCUAGUGAGCUGAAGCAGAGGAUCAGUUUGGUGAAGUGGUCCAAGACGGAGGAGGUGAAGCAGGCGUGGAACAGGCUGGCGGAGAGGGAGGGGUUGCAGAAGGAUUCGUUGGAGAAGGCGACUUGGGCGUUUACUGACUUUAUCUUGGGGAGGAACUAUGAUGUGGUGAUUAGUAUGAGUAAGGCUAGGGAGGCUGGGUGGACUGGAUACAUUGAUACGUGGAAGUCGCUGUCGGAUACUUUUGGCGAACUUGAGGCGGCGGCUAUCCUCCCCAAGACUCAUUGAGCCAGCAACAUGUGAUGUUGUAGGUAAAGUAGAUACAAGCUCUAAAAUGCCGCUUGUCGAAAGAAUGAAAGAAUGAAACCAAGGGAGGACAUGUUGUCUACCGUCUUGACAUCGAGCGGUAAGAGAAUUUGGGUGUAGCAAGACACCGUGAACACUCCGUUUGAUAUCAUCAGUCAGCUGCAUGUUUCAAUGAAAGUUGAGUGCCGGUGAAU